AUGGUUAGGAGCUUCUAUGACAACACCGAGGCCUUAGUUCUCGACGGGCUUGAGUCAAUUGCCCUGCUCAGGUCAGACAUUUCUCUAGACCAAGCAACAAAGACUGUAUGGUUGCAUGACCGUAAAGGCUCUCAGGUUGCACUGAUAUCCGGGGGAGGAGCUGGCCAUGAGCCUGCCCAUGCGGGAUACGUCGGAGAUGGAAUGCUAACGGCUGCUGUUUCUGGAUUCGUGUUUGCCUCUCCCAGCGUCGCACAAAUCUUAUCCGCGAUAACUAGAGUUGCCGGACCAACCGGGGUGCUGCUCAUUAUCAAAAACUAUACUGGAGAUGUAUUUCACUUCCGAUUAGCGGCCGAGAAAGCCAGAGUUGCUCUUGGAAUUCCAGUCGAGGUGCUGACCGUUGGUGAUGAUGUAUCCGUCGGUCGCCGCAAGAGUGGAAAAGUUGGACGCCGUGGCCUUGCUGGAACAGUGCUUGUUCACAAAAUCUUGGGAACUUGCAGCCGUGAUACUGGCGCACAGCUCCCCAAGCUAUUGGAGCUUGGGAACGAGGUUGUUUCGAAUCUCGUCACCGCAGGAGUAUCACUAGAGCACGUCCAGAUCCCUGGCAGAGAUGCAAUUCCCAUAGCCGUCGACGAUCAAGUCGAACUUGGAAUGGGAAUUCAUAACGAGCCAGGCUGUCUCCUUCUAAACCCCCGACCGCCGCUGGCAAACAUUAUCAACAUGAUGCUGGAUCAGCUUCUAGACACCAAGGAUGAAGAUAGAGCAUAUGUUGAGUUUGCUGAUGCCCAGCAUGUCGUCCUGAUGGUCAACAACUUGGGCGGGCUGUCUCCCCUCGAAUUUGGUGGCAUCACUGGUAAAGUGAUUCAAGCAUUAAAAACCCGCAGUAUUGUGCCUAUUCUUGUUCUCUCCGGGACAUACAUGACGAGCCUGAACGGACCGGGAUUUAGCACUACGCUUCUAAAAGCGACGCCAGAGAUGGUUGGAUACUUGGAAGCCCCUACCAGUGCAGUUGGAUGGGCAGCUCUCAAUGUCAGCCGCUUACAUGACAAGCCUCCUACCGAAGCAGUAGCUCAGAUCAGUUUAGAGGACGGCCACGCGACGGCUGUUGAGUCAUCUGGCAUAUCAUUUGACUCUGCAACCUUCAAACGCGCAAUCCUCCAAUCAUGUCAGAACGUCAUCGAUGCAGAGCCACUCAUUACUCAAUAUGACACUCUCGUAGGAGAUGGAGACUGCGGAGUGACCUUGUCGCGCGGUGCCAGAGCCGCAAUGAGUCGCGUGGAUGAAAUAUCCGAUCCAAACGACGUGGUCAGCACAAUAAACAAAUUGGCCGGCAUCAUGGAGACCGAUCUUGAUGGGACUUCGGGGGCCAUAUAUAGCAUCUUCUUCACUGCAUUAGCUGCGGAACUGCGUGCAACGACGUCACGCUCUAUGACCCACGAGGCUUGGGUUCAAGCAGCGAACAGGUCUCUUGAGAAGUUACAGAAGGCUACACCCGCUCGGCAGGGUGAUAGAACACUCAUGGACGCACUAGAACCGUUCAUCAAAUCAUUGGUGCAAGGGAGAUCGCUCGCUGAUGCAGUUGCCGCGGCGAAAGCUGGCAUGGAGGCUACAAAGGGCAUGAAAGCGUCUUUGGGACGUGCCGUGUAUGUGCCUGAGAACGUAUGGGAUCAGGUACCAGAUCCUGGAGCACAGGGAGUCGUGUGUAUUUUGGAAGGACUUGAAGCCGCGACUCAUGAGUGA